UGCUGGCUCCAGUCCCUGCUUUCCUGCCGCCGGGGCGAGGAGGCGGUUGCUCGCCCUGCGGUUGCCUCAGCUCUGGGCCACCAGCACCCAAGGGUGGGGACAGGGGGACACCCGCUGCCACCAAGGUCCCGGUGGGGUGCUGGGGGUGGGACAAACCCCCGUGACCCCCACCCGCGGCGCUGAGGAGGGGGUCAGGAUGAGUCCCACCCCAAAGUGGUCCCAAAGUCCCUUUCCAGAUGCUGGCAUCACUGGUGCAUGCCCGGCACGCUGAGCACCCCCGGCUGCAGCCCCCCACCUCUCAGCACCCACCUGGGCCGGUGCCCCGGGGUGACCCCGCCGUGUCCCCCCGUCCCACCAUGGCUCUGGAGCUGGGGACAGAGGCGCUGCUGGACCUGAGCUUCCUGACGGAGGAGGAGCAGAUCGCUAUCACCGAGGUGCUGCGCCGGGACUGGCAGCUCCGCCGGCGGGAGGAGGGACGCAUCAGCAAACUCCGCAAGUCGGUGUCGGACCCGGUCCGGCUGAGGAUCCUGACCGGGGACUGGUUCUGUGACGCACGAGCCCAGCGCCACCGGCACCAUCUGGGCUCCGACCUGGUCCGAGCCUCCAUCCGCCGCAGGAGGAGGCCCCGGGGGGACACGGAGCGUGGCUUCAGCCUGGGCGAGCUGGAGGAGCCGCUGGCAGAGGAAAAGGAGGAUGAGGAUGGUGUGGAACAGGAGGAGAGCCCCCCCCUGGAGCAGACACAAGCGGCCACGGAGCCCCAGCCCAACCCUGCAGCCCCUGCUCUGGAGGGGACCCCACUGUCACAGCCCCUGUGGCAGGGUGACAUCCCAGUGAGGGAGCAGGACAGCCCAGCCCAGCCAGGUGGCACAGAAGGUGGGAACCCCUUUGACUCCUCCAGUGCUGAGGAAGAGGAGGAUGAGCCCAACACCACACACAGUGGCCCUGAUGCUGGCCAGGGGCUGGAGACCCCCCAGAUGGAUCAGGCCCCCUCAGGCUGGGUGUCCCCAUCAAAUGGCCACACAUCCCCAGGCAGUGUCCUGACCACCAGCUCCUCCAUCUCCAGCCUCAGCUCCUCCACGCUGAGUGGCAGCCUGAUGAGCCUGUACAGUGAGGGGGAGCUGGGACGUGUGGCUGUGAGGGGCUGUGUCCAGUUCUCCCUCUGCUAUGAUGGGGCCAAGAAGGAGCUGCAGGUCCACGUCUUACGGUGCCGGGAGUUGGCUGAGGCCAAGAGGCAGCGGUCGGACCCGUACAUCAAGACAUACCUGCUGCCCGACAAGUCCAACCGCAGCAAGCGCAAGACCACGGUGAGGAAGAGGAGUUUGGAUCCCAUCUUCAACGAGACCCUCAAGUACAAGCUGGAGAAAAGGGACCUGCAGGGCCGGACCCUGAACCUCUCGGUGUGGCACCACGACAGCCUGGGCAGGAACCUCUUCUUGGGGGAGGUGGAGAUUGCAUUGGGUGCCUGGGACUGGGCCAACACACGCCCUGAGUGGUUCAGCCUCCAGCCCCGGAUGCCCAUCUCCUCCAACGGCCUCGCCAGCCGGGGCAACCUCAACUUGGCACUGAAGUUCAUCCCAGCUGGCUCAGAAGGCAAGGGGCUGCCACCCACGGGUGAGCUCCACAUCUGGGUGAAGGAUGCUCAGAGCCUCGUCCCCUUGCAGAGCAGCACCGUGGACGCCUUCGUGCAGUGCUACGUUCUGCCAGAUGACAGCAAGGCCAGCAGGCAGAAGACCCGGGUGGUGAAGAGGAGCCUCAACCCCCUCUUCAACCACACCAUGGUCUACGAUGGCUUCCAGGCCAAGGACCUGGCUGAGGCCUGUGCUGAGUUCACCCUCUGGCACCACGAAGCCUUUUCCAAACGUCAGCUGGGUGGCAUCCGGCUCAGCCUGGGCACAGGGAGCAGCUAUGGGCUGCCCGUGGGCUGGAUGGAUUCCACGGCUGAGGAACGGGGGGUCUGGGGGAAGCUGCUCCAGCAGCCCGGGCACUGGGUGGAAGCACUGCUGCCCCUGAGAACCAACCUGGUCCCCCGGGGAUGACCCUCAGACCCCCCCCAUGGACCACCUGGUGCACCCAGACCCCCCCUCCAUGGACCACCUGGUGCCAGUGGGACUCAGGGAAUGGGGGGGGGACACAAAGCUGAGCCUGGGGCAUCACUGCAGGGCUGGGGUCUGUGUCCCCCCACCCUUCCAGCAGCAAUGAAGUGACACUGUUGGGCACAUUUGGUGGCUGUUUAUU